AUGGUUAUGCUGAAUAAGAAUGAGCAAGGACGUCUAGUGACAAGAGUUGAUUGCGAUGCUGAUGAUGUUUGCAGGCGUAGAUCUAAAGGUAAGGGUAAACAUAUUUCUUUGAAUGUUGAUGGCAAGACUCAACGUGUUUUGAAAUCAACUGGUUUUUCUCCCCCAAAAUCAUUUGAUCCUAAGGCUUCUUUAUCGGGAAUGGGUUGGUAUUUGUGGUCAUUCAAGAAAUUGGAUGCAAUGGAAGGAGUUAUUUCGAGCAGUCCAUGGUUUGUGAAUGGUCACAUUGUUGGAAAGGAAUGGUGGUUGACUAAAUUCUUUCCUUCCUCAAUGAAAGGUCUUACUUCACCUAUAUGGAUUAGAAUACCUCAAUUUCCUCUACAAUGUUGGGAUGAAAACAACGUGGCUAUGAUUGCUUCUAUGGUGGGUGUUCCAUUGAUGUUGGAUGGAAAUAUGUUUCAAUGGGGUAGGAGGGAGUUUGCAAGGGUUUGUGUUCGAGUGGAACUUGAUAAACCUCUUCCCAUGGGAGUUUGGGUGAUAGGAAAGGCGGGAAGAUUUUUUCAAAAAGUAGAGUAUGAGCGAAUUUCAUCUUUUUGUUAUGAAUGUGGUAUGGUUGGCCAAGACAAAGUAAAUUGUAAGAAGGUUAGUAUGGUGUUGAUAAACAGUGUGGAAGUUACAAUAAAAAAAGUUCAAGACAACCAAAAUAAGAUAACACAAGAGAUGGAGGUUAAAGACAGUUAUGGAACUUUGGUCCAUGUUAAUUACAAAAGAAAUAAGAGGUAUAGCAAAGCUGUGACUAAUGUGAGGCCGGUAUAG